AUGUGGCUGUACUUCCAAAGGCAUCCAGCCAGGGGCAGCCUGGGGCAGCCAACUCACACGUUUCUUGGGCAUGACAAUCAUGACACGUCGCAGGUCAAGGGCGGAAGCGCUGGUGGUUCCUACGGGAGCCGCAGCGCUUCAGUCGAGCAGCCUGAGCCUGAGCACUGCAAGUGGAAUUGCGCAAGCAGGCGCGUCUCAGUGCUUGACGGAAUGCCUGUCAUUGCAACCUUUGCCGUGAGACCAAAGCCUACUGCCGGCCUCUACGCCCUUGGCCUCUACGUGCACGCAGUCGAGAACUUGUUCAUCGCAGGACCACGUUGCUAUCAGGGUGCCUCAGGGCAUGAAGACCAUGUCUGGCCAUGUGUGCAAGACUUGGAACUUUAUGGAGGCAUCCGAGGAUGGCUCUGA